AUGACCUCCCCGAAAGUUUGGUUCAUCACUGGCGCAUCGACUGGUCUAGGACGAGAGGUUGCUGAAUAUGCUUUAAGCAAGGGAGACAACGUACUUGCCACCUUGCGCAAACCCUCGAUGUUGGAAGACCUCACUGCUAAAUAUCCCUCCUCCCGCCUCGUUACUUUCCCGCUCGAUGUAACAGAUACGCCCUCGAUUGCCGCGGCAUUCAAUGAGGCCAUCUCGCGCUUUAAUCGUAUUGACAUCGUGCUGAACAAUGCAGGAUACUAUAUGGUAUCAGAAGCUGAAGGGAUGUCUCACAGGGCGGCACGAGAGAUGUUCGACGUGCUGCUCUGGGGUGCAGAAAAUGUCAUGCGUGAAGCCAUACGAUGCUUCAGGGACGUGAAUCGUCCAAUGGGCGGGCGAUUAUUAAACGUUUCUUCCCGGACAGCCAUUAUUCCACAGCCUGGCACUGUACAUUAUGCUUCGGCCAAAGCUGCUUUGGAGUGUUUGUCGGAAGGGUAUAUCAGCGAACUUGAUCCAGAGUGGAACAUCAAAAUCACUCUCAUUGAGCCAGGGCUGUUUCGUACGUCGGUGAUCCAAAGCCGUGUGACAGAACCCGUUCACCCUGCUUAUACAUCCAAUGCAUCUCUCCCUACGCGCAAAUACCGAGCUCUCUAUCCUGAUAUCGAGCAGACACAUUUUGAUGGCGAUCCAGCCAAGUUUGCAGAAGUGGCCUACAGGUUGUCUCGUUUGGAUGAACCCCCAGUACGCCUCCCUUUGCAUAGGGUCGCCUUGGAAUCUGCGAGACAGAAGGGGGAAUUAUUGCUUGAAGCUGCUGAGAAGUGGUCCAGUUGGUCGGACGAUGUGUAUUUUCGUAAAUGA